CCCUCUGGGCCGGGCGCGCGGAACAUGGAGCUGGGGGAGUUCGAGCGGGACAAUGCGGGCAGCUGCCGUCUGGGGUCCGCCGUGCCCCAGCUGUGCAAGGCCGGGCCCUGCUGCCUGGGCAUCGACGAGGCCGGCAGGGGGCCCGUGCUAGGUCCCAUGGUCUAUGGUGUCUGUUACUGCCCCUUGGCCAAGCAGGAGGAGCUGGGAGCUCUGAAGAUGGCAGGUAAGGACAAAAGCAUCACAGGGGAUGGGAGGCAGAGUUGGGGGGCACCCUGGCUUCCUGUGAAUGCCCCCUGGGACUUUAUCGGCUGGGCCGUGCAUAUCCUCUCGCCCAACCUCAUCUCCACCAGCAUGCAGCAGCGGGCGAAAUACAACCUCAACGCCCUGUCCCAUGACACGGCCAUCGGACUGAUACAGCACGUGCUGGACGCGGGCGUACAGGUGACAGAGGUCUUCGUGGACACGGUGGGGCCGGCGGAGAAGUACCAGGAGAAGCUAAAGCGGCACUUCCCAGAGCUGGAGGUGACCGUGAGGCCGAAGGCUGAUUCCCUCUUCCCCAUCGUCAGUGCAGCCAGCAUCUGUGCCAAGGUGGCGCGGGAUCGUGCUGUGAAGAACUGGCGGUUCCUGGAGGAUCUGGGGGACGUGAGCCUGGAGUAUGGGUCUGGGUACCCCAAUGACCCGAAGACCAAGGAGUGGCUGGCGCAGUGCCUGGACCCCGUGUUCGGGUACCCCCAGUUUGUGCGCUUCAGCUGGAGCACAGCCCAGACCAUCCUGGAGAGCAAGGCGGUGCCGGUGCACUGGGAUGACAGUGAAAGUGACCCUGCCCUGCAGGGCACCCGCUCUGUCCUGUCCUUCUUCGCCCGCAAAGAGGCCUCCAAGCGCCAGCCCCACCGCUUCUUCCACGAACGCAAGCUGGAGACCGUGACUGGGCUCUAGUGGUACCCGGGGGAGCGCUGCCCCCAUGCCCCUCCCAGCUGUUUCCACCCCCCCGCAACCGGCCCAGCUUGACUUGGAGCAAGAACUUUUGACUCCGUCUCUGGGGUCGUAGUUAAUGAUGGUGCUCGCUGAGCUGAGCCACUGUCCCCAGGGCUGGAAGGAGCCAGCACUGGCGCCCCCUUGUGGUGGGUUUUACACCCAUAACAAAUUCCU